AUGAGCAUUUUCACCUUUAGUCCUAGCCCAUCCCCAAACAUCGCAUUUGGACCUAUCGCCUUCCGCGUCCCCCACGCUUCUCCCCACCGUCUCUCACACACCUCCCCACGCACACGCCCACGCUUCCCCUCACCGUCGCCCACGCUUUCCCCCAUCGUCGCUCACGCUUCCCCUUACCGCCGCUCACGCUUCCUCCUGCCUUCCCCCACGCUUCCCCACACCGUCGCUCACGCCUUCCCCCACCUUCCCUCACGAUUCCCCUCUCAUCGCCCACGGUUCCUCCUACCGUCGCCCACGCUUCCUCCCACCGUCACCCACGCUUCCUCCCACCGUCGCCCAAGCUUCCCCCCACCGUCGCCCAAGCUUCCCCCCACCGUCGCCCACGCUUCUUCCCACCGUCGCCCACGCUUCCCCCCACCGUCGCCCACGCUUCCCCCCACCGUCACCCACGCUUCCCCCCACCGUCGCCCACGCUUCCCCCCACCGUCGCCCACGCUUCCCCCCACCGUCGCCCACGCUUCCCCCCACCGUCGCCCACGCUUCCCCCCACCGUCGCCCACGCUUCCCCCCACCGUCGCCCACGCUUCCCCCCACCGUCACCCACCGCCACCGUCGCCCACCGCCACCGUCGCCCACCCCCACUGUCGCCCACGCUUGCCCUCCCAUCGCCCUCGCCUCUCACCCACCCUGGGCGGGGAGGUAUGGCGGGCUGGGCUGGGAGCUGGGGAAGGGGUCGUGACUCGUUCGCUGUGGGGUGUGGAAGGGUGCGUGGUCAGCAGCACCCACCCUUCUCUCUCUUGCACUGACCUCCUCUCCUCUCUCGCACCAACCCCACACGCAUGGCAGGUGGUGGUGCGGCUUUGGAGCAGAGUGUUUGGCGCACAGCCAGGGCAGCGCGUGCAGGCGGGCAGCAAGGAGUGCAGUGUUGCAGGGGGCGGGUCAGGGGAGCGGGGGAGGCGGGGCAGGGGAGGCGGGGUCGUCCUCCUCUCCCUCUCCCUUCCUCCCUUCCUCCAUCAUCUCUGCCUCACUACCCUCUUUACCCUCUCUGUUGCCCGUCCUUCCUUCCUCCCUUCCUCCAUCUCUCUGCCUCACUACCCUCUUUACCCUCUCUGUUGCCCGUCCUCCCUUCCUCCCAUCCUUCUUUCCUGCCAUUCUUCCUCUCCUCAUCCUCCCUCGAUCCAGUCCCCCUUCCCCUUUCCAUCUCCCACUCUCCUACUCCCUUCCUCACGCCAACCCUGGUCCUCCGUUCCACCCUUCUACCUUCCCCCUUGUACUGAUGAAGGUGUGUCUCGGUACCCAGCCACACUUUUUCCUCUCAUCCGCCCAUCAUCUCAUCCGCCCAUCAUCUCAUCCGCCCAUCAUCUCAUCCGCCCAUCAUCUCAUCCGCCCAUCCUCUCAUCCGCCCAUCAUCUCAUCCGCCCAUCACCUCAUCCGCCCAUCAUCUCAUCCGCCCAUCAUCUCAUCCGCCCAUCAUCUCCUCCGCCCAUCAUCUCAUCCGCCCAUCAUCUCAUCCGCCCAUCCUCUCAUUCGCCCAUCAUCUCAUCCGCCCAUCAUCUCAUCCGCCCAUCAUCUCAUCCGCCCAUCAUCUCAUCCGCCCAUCAUCUCAUCCGCCCAUCAUCUCAUCCGCCCAUCACCUCAUCCACCCAUCGUCUCAUCCGCCCAUCAUCUCAUCCGCCCAUCAUCUCAUCCGCCCAUCCUCUCAUCCGCCCAUCAUCUCAUCCGCCCAUCACCUCAUCCGCCCAUCGUCUCAUCCGCCCAUCAUCUCAUCCGCCCAUCAUCUCAUCCGCCCAUCCUCUCAUCCGCCCAUCAUCUCAUCCGCCCAUCAUCUCAUCCGCCCAUCAUCUCAUCCGCCCAUCAUCUCAUCCGCCCAUCAUCUCAUCUGCCCAUCAUCUCAUCCGCCCAUCAUCCAUCCGCCCAUCACCUCAUCCGCCCAUCACCUCAUCCGCCCAUCACCUCAUCCGCCCAUCAUCUCAUCCGCCCAUCAUCUCAUCCGCCCAUCCUCUCAUCCGCCCAUCCUCUCAUCCGCCCAUCCUCUCAUCCGCCCAUCAUCUCAUCCGCCCAUCAUCUCAUCCGCCCAUCAUCUCAUCCGCCCAUCAUCUCAUCCGCCCAUCAUCCAUCCGCCCAUCAUCUCAUCCGCCCAUCAUCUCAUCCGCCCAUCACCUCAUCCGCCCAUCAUCUCAUCCGCCCAUCAUCUCAUCCGCCCAUCAUCUCAUCCGCCCAUCAUCUCAUCCGCCCAUCCUCUCAUCCGCCCAUCAUCUCAUCUGCCCAUCAUCUCAUCCGCCCAUCAUCUCAUCCGCCCAUCAUCUCAUCCGCCCAUCAUCUCAUCCGCCCAUCAUCUCAUCCGCCCAUCAUCUCAUCCGCCCAUCAUCUCAUCCGCCCAUCAUCUCAUCCGCCCAUCAUCUCAUCCGCCCAUCAUCUCAUCCGCCCAUCAUCUCAUCCGCCCAUCAUCUCAUCCGCCCAUCCUCUCAUCCGCCCAUCCUCUCAUCCGCCCAUCAUCUCAUCCGCCCAUCAUCUCAUCCGCCCAUCAUCUCAUCCGCCCAUCAUCUCAUCCGCCCACUCUCAUCCGCCCAUCAUCUCAUCCGCCCAUCAUCCAUCCGCCCAUCAUCCAUCCGCCCAUCAUCCAUCCGCCCAUCACCUCAUCCGCCCAUCAUCUCAUCCGCCCAUCAUCUCAUCCGCCCAUCAUCUCAUCCGCCCAUCAUCUCAUCCACCCAUCCUCUCAUCCGCCCAUCCUCUCAUCCGCCCAUCAUCUCAUCCGCCCAUCAUCUCAUCCGCCCAUCAUCUCAUCCGCCCAUCAUCUCAUCCGCCCAUCAUCUCAUCCGCCCAUCAUCUCAUCCACCCAUCACCUCAUCCGCCCAUCACCUCAUCCGCCCAUCAUCUCAUCCGCCCAUCAUCUCAUCCGCCCAUCAUCUCAUCCGCCCAUCAUCUCAUCCGUCCACCCUCUCAUCCGCCCAUCAUCUCAUCCGCCCAUCCUCUCACCGUCGCCCACGCUUCUGCCUUAGUGCCUUUCCGUGCUCUCUCUCCCCUACCCACGCUUCAUCUCGCUCACCCUUCCGCCCUUCCUCCGUGUCUCCCUUGCUCAUUUUCUGCCUCCGUGCAUUCUUUGUUCCCCACCCUCCAUCAGAGUUUGUGGUUCGUGUCUGUGCAGGUCUGCCAUGCAUCCAGUUGUGA